GCACUCACUCAGUUGUCAAUCACGAAAAAUACGCAAAAUAUAUUUUAUUUUUUGUGUGUCACCUAGGGAACGUAAAUUUUAGAUUUUUAAAUUUCACUCUAUUUGUAAAUUGAGUCUUCAAGUAAACGUUUUUCCCCUCUUUCGGCCCAAAACCAAGAUAAGUGAGGUGCCGACCAUGUCGUCUCAGUUCGGCAAGAAGUGCGGGGGUUCCAGCAGCGGUGGCUCCAGCGGCAACAACAAACUGGCGACCAUGGAUCCCACGGAGAGCAACUUCGGCCUGGAGCUGAAGCCGACUCCCAAGCAGACCUGUAUUCCGGAACAUCAGCGCCAUAGAUUGGCCAAUUCGGAUACCAACGUAUACCAGCGGAAUAUUGGUUACGAUAUGCCGGACAAGUCCUGGUCUGUGCUGUAUUUUGGUGCCGGCAAGGACAGAGCUAUGAAGUAGCGUCAAUAAAACCGCAGACCAGACAGAUGACCCGGUCCCCAUCCCAACAUCCCGUACUAGCACCAGUUUAAAUCGAAUGUCUGCGAGCGCCUGGCCCACUGAUUGACUCCUUCGCCACCACAUCCAUCCACCAGUCAUCCAUCAGAUGUCGCGAAAUGUUAUAUAAAAUUGAAAUUCGCCCUCGUGCCAGUGCA